AUGGAAAAUGUUAUGCACUUCCUUUUUUUCGUGGGUCUUCAACUAGAUCUUCCUUUUGAGAGAACAAAGGGUUUGUUUCGCUGUGAGGUUUUGACUUCUGCAGCUCAAGUCGAGUGCAAAGGGGUAAGUUCCUCCUCAAGACAGCUCAGCUCAGUGUGUCAGCUGAAGGUUCGCCAGUGCUAUGGUGGAUGGAUGGAAACCUCUAUUGGCUCUGCUUCUGUCAAAGGAACGAGCCAGCUGCAGUGUCUCUGUGACUUAAUGUUAGGUAGUUACACCAGUAUGUGUAAAUGCAUAAUGUGGUUUGUUUUCCUCCUACAACUUACGCUCUGCUCCUUGUGCAAAGCAGAUGCUGUAGAGGAGCUGGUGAAAACCAUCGGGAGAGAAACAGAUCUCACUCCAGCUUGCAGGAACAUCACACAGGAUUUGAUUGUGUUUGUCACCUGUAGGAUCAGGCCAGUAAGGAGCGGGGGAGAAGACUGCAUUUUAUCAUUCCUACAAAAGAAAGGCUUUAAUGUGACCCAGGGAUGUGAUCCCAGGUUCUCACUCAUAUUAAUAAAUCAGACAGUGUUUCUGCAGAUGAAGAAUUUACAACCAGAAAAUAGUGGAAACUACAGCUGUAGUUGUGUAGUUCAUGGUGGAACAUUGAAUCUACACCUCAACAUCACUGUGGAAGAUAAUGUAAACAACACGAAUUCUACAGUGACAUCAACUGUUCAUACAGAUGUAUUCUAUGUAAUUGGAGCAGUUGUGCUGUUUGUCAUUCUACUGGGAGCCAUCACUGGAUUUAUCUGCAGGAAGAAAUGUAACAGACGUAGAAGACGUGAAGUGACCAUAACUGUUCAGCCAAACACGGUAUUGUACACGGAAGUUGAGGACAUUGACCCGUACAGGAUCUUCAAAGAAAAUGAGCUUUAUUUAACUUCCGUUAUACACACCAGCACAUCCACACGUAGUCUGAUUGGCAUCGGAAUGGAUAAUCCAAGUCCAGUGACUACUUUGUAGAAAAGUUAUGUUCUAAUGAACUUAAUAUCAGUGUAUUUUUUCUUUAAAAGUUAUUUGUAAAUAUGUAUUUAAUUUUUUCUGUAUUAAAGUAAAGCGUUACUAGAAUAACACUUUAAAAACAACUCAGAGCUUUGUCCUACUUUGACCUCACACUACUCUUGAACUGAUAUAAUCUUAUUUGGUAUAACUGGUUAAAUUUUGGGGAGAGGUAACUUAGGUUUUUUUUGGGUAAUUUGAAUAUCGACCACUCCCUCAGGCAUCAGGUCUAUGCGAGAUCUAAGGCUGACCAGCAGAUUCUAAACAUGUUCUUACUUCCUGUAUGAACUUCCUGUUCUUAGCCACAUAGACCACAUGGCCCUCUCGCCUGCUUAUGUGAAACUGGAGGUGCAACCUGUUCACACUUACGUUGGAGUGUGCAGCAGAUUUUGUUGACGAAGACUACCCUGCAAACACAUGCCGUGCAUGAAUGCAUUAACUCAAGGUCCCUAUUCUGACUUAACAGACUCCUGUUUUUGUCCGUGUAUUGUUCCCAUAAAAAAAUUAUAUAUUAUUUUAACCUUCUCAUCUUCUCAUAGGCAACCUUUUUCAUCAUUCUGCAGUAUUUGUUAGGUCAACUUCUAAUGUUAUGAUCUCUCUUAUGCUGCCAUCAAUGCCUUUGUUUAUAGAUAUUGGAGCUUGGCCUGUUUUUUCAUUGUAGUCCUGUUUCUCUGACUGUGACCAAUUUUAUGUGCUAUCUUCAU